AUGAAGAUCGUCCCAGGGAGCGACACCACGCCUCUUAACGUGCUGGAGUUUGAGGAGUAUGCACGAGAGUAUCUGCCCAAGUCCACGAUGGACUACUUUGGAUCGGGAUCAGACUCGAUGGAGACGUUGAAGGAGAACCACGAGGCAUUCAAGCGACUGGUACUGCACCCUCGAGUGCUCCGUGACGUGUCCAAGAUGGACAUCAGUACGACACUGUUGGGACAUCACAUUAGCUCCCCAGUGUGUGUAGCUCCUUCGUCCACCCAUAGGAUGGCGCAUCCAGACGGAGAGAUCGCUAGCACAUCGGCAGCAGCAAAAGCAGAUACGUGCUUCGUACUUAGUACCAUGCCCACUACGACGUUGGAAGACGUGGCGACGGCCAGCAGUGCAGCCAACACAAAUGCGCUCAGGUGGUUCCAGCUCUACGUCUUCAAAGACCGUCAAAUCACGGUCGGCCUGGUGCGUCGGGCGGAAAAAGCAGGCUACAAGGCCAUCGUACUGACGGUGGACGCCCCGGUGCUCGGGAACCGUGAAGCGGAUGUUCGCAACCACUUCAUCAUUCCCAAACACCUCACGAUGGCCAACUUCUGUCCUCAGAAUGCAACGACAGACUAUGCAGACUACGUGAGCGAUCUGUACGACCAGACCUUGAGCUGGAAAGACGUCAGGUGGCUGAAGAGCAUCACGAAGCUCCCUAUUGUAGCGAAAGGUAUUCUCACGCCCGAGGAUGCGGUGAUGGCAGUGAAAAGCGGCUGUGAAGGUAUCCUGGUGUCAAACCACGGAGCACGACAACUAGACGGAGUUGCGGCUACGAUUGACGCACUGCCUGCAAUUGUUCAAGCGGUCGGCGAUCGGGCCGAAGUGUACAUGGAUGGAGGCGUUCGACGUGGCACAGAUGUCUUUAAGGCUCUGGCCCUAGGAGCUUGUGCCAUCUUCGUAGGACGCCCAGUCCUUUUCGGCCUUGCUCAUAGUACAGCGUUGUUCUAG